AUGUCUGAUUAUUUGUAUGGAAAAUCAUUAAAUGAUUUUGGGUCUGUCAAGAGCACAAAUUUAUUUUCUUGUUUAAACAUUGAUAAAAACUUCUUAAAGAAACCAGUUUCUACAUGGGAAGAAGACGUUGCCUAUUUGCAGGCAAAAAGAAGGCUUCUUUCUUUAAGGGCCGUGAAUGAUACAGCUGAAAGAGCUGUAAAACUUAUGCAAGAUUUUCAUGGUUUAAUUACUGCAAAAGAAGAACAAAAACAAUUUUUGCUGCGCUGUGUACAAGAGCAUAGAAAUCUCUACACAAGGAUAAGCGUUAAAGACAGCGAUUUCUUCAGGGCUCUGUCGGCACGGGUUAACGUUGACAUAGGAAGAUAA